AUGAAGGUUGUUCUUGUGAGCGGUGGAGUUAUCUCCGGUGUCGGCAAAGGCAUUAUCGCCAGUAGCGCUGGUCUCCUUCUCAAGACUCUUGGUCUUCGCGUUACUGCGAUCAAAACCGACCCUUAUAUCAACACCGACGCUGGUCUUCUUAACCCUCUAGAGCACGGCGAGUGCUUCGUUCUUGACGACGGAGGAGAGACCGAUCUCGAUCUCGGAAACUACGAGCGAUACCUCGGUAUCCAAUUGAGCCGUGACAGCAACAUUACCACUGGCAAGAUCUACAAGCAGGUCAUCGAGAAAGAGCGACGAGGAGAUUAUUUGGGAAAGACUGUUCAGGUCGUCCCUCACAUCACAGACGCUAUUCAAGAUUGGAUCGAGCGCGUCGCCAAGAUCCCCGUGGAUGCCUCAGGAGAAGCGCCAGAUGUUUGCAUCAUUGAACUUGGUGGUACAAUUGGUGAUCUCGAAUCUGGUCCUUUCGUUGAGGCUCUUUCGCAAUUGCGACACCGACUUGGCCGGGAAAACUUCCUGAGCAUCAGCGUUUCCUACGUCCCUAUUAUCAAUGGAGAGGAGAAGACAAAGCCUACUCAGCAUGCUAUUCGACAAGUGCGAAGCGCCGGUCUGAUCCCUGACGUGAUUGCCUGCCGUUGUGAACGAGAGUUGGACCAGGCCACCAUCACAAAGAUCGCCCGAAGCUGCCAAGUCGAAGAUGAGCAGGUCAUCGGUGUCCGCAACAUGGACACCAUCUACCAGGUUCCUCUUCUCCUUGAGCAAGAGGGUCUGCUGAAGCUGCUGCGCAAGGGUUUGGCCCUCGAGAACUGCCAGGUGACCCCUCCUAUGGCCCAGAAGGGUCAGGCUCUCUGGGACCUCUGGAAGAAGACCGUUGUCCCCGACCGACACCUCGAGCCCGUCAACAUCGUCUUGGUUGGCAAAUAUGUCAGCCUUGACGACUCAUACCUCAGUGUCCACAAGGCACUUGAGCACUCAGCAAUGCGAUGCAAGCGCAAGCUGAACCUCGUUUCUGUCGACUCGGAGCAUCUCGAGCCUGAAAUGCAGGAGAAGGACCCUCGCAAGUACCACGAGGCAUGGGCCCAUGUUGUCCGAGCACAGGGUAUCAUCGUCCCUGGAGGCUUUGGAACACGAGGUAUCCGCGGUAUGGUUGAGGUUGCCAAGUGGGCUCGUGAGCGAAAGCUCCCUUACCUGGGUAUCUGCCUGGGUAUGCAGACUGCUGUUAUUGAGUACGCUCGCAACGUUAUGGGACUUAAGGAGGCCACCUCCGAGGAGUUCUCUGCUCAGGCGGAGCACCGUGUUGUUAUCUUCAUGCCUGAGGGUUCCAAAGAGCAAAUGGGUGGUACCAUGCGACUUGGUAGCCGAACAUCACACUUCAAGCCUGGCACUGAAUGGAGCAAGCUUCGAGGCUUGUACGGAGGAGUUGAUGUCGUGGAGGAGCGUCACCGUCACCGUUACGAGGUUAACCCCGAUUACCUCGAGGACCUCGAGAAGGCCGGCCUUUCUUUGACCUCGAUGGACGACCAAGGUGUUCGUGUUGAGACAAUUGAGUUGAAGGAUCACCCCUUCUUCGUUGGUCUCCAGGCCCAUCCUGAGUACAAGUCCAAGACUUUGGCACCCGCCCCUUCACUGCUCGGUCUCGUUGCCGCCAGUUCCGGAUGUCUCGACGAGAUCAUUGAGGCUGCGCACAAGAAGCAGAGUGCAACCAACGGAGUCAGCGACGUGACCAACUUUUAG